AUGGAUAACUUAAGAAUUUACAGUACAGUGAUCACAACUGCUUUUUUACAAGUUCCACAUUUGUAUACGACAAACAGAUUAUGGAAGCCCAUAGAAGCACCAUUUUUGAUUCAAUUUCUUCAAAAAAGGGGAAGCUCCGAAGAAAUUAUAAACACAAAAGUAAUCUGCCGCAUGGAUCCAUCAUGGGUCAAUCUAAAUGCUUCAUUCAUUAGAGAUGACAUGAUCUCGAUAAAAGCUACCGCGAAUGAUAUGGAACUCGAUACCAUCUGGGGAAUUUCUCUGCCCUUACCUAUGCACGCAAAUGAUAUAACGGUUGAAUUGGAAAGGAUGAAACGUAUACUAUUAGACUUAAGUGAAAAAUUCGAUUUGGAACUAACCAUUACCAAAGAACCAGCUUACUUCACAGCAGAGCCAACUAGCGAGGACAAUGAACUAUGUAUUUACUUGCAUGCACUAGGAUUUCGGUCUAAUUUAAUGGAAUGCGAACCCCAGUUAUUGGCAUUUGUAGAUUUAAUAAAGAAGAACGGUAUGACUUUACCUCCACAACACUACAUUGUCGAACCUAUGGAAUUGAAUUCAUACUCUGUGCUCCCCUUAUAUAUGGGUGUAGAUAUGGAAAACUUCAAAAAUAUAUCCAGAGCUUUCAAAACCAACAUUUACGCACCUUCCCUUUUAACGCUGUCUAGGAACUUCAAGGCAAAUCCACAAAUUUUUUUCUCAAGUGCUGUCCAUUCAUUAAGUUUACUAGCUAAGAAAACACUAUAUGAGUCCAUAGACCUAGAUUCAAAGAGUUUUUUUUAUCGUCGAUUGACCAAUAUCACCCCAGGAAAACUACUGUUCAUACAAAAAUACUAUCAACAAAAGGUAAACCAAUUAAUUUUGAAAUACCAAUCGCUCAUUAGGGUUACCGAUGAAUACAUUGAAUUUCAAUCGAUUUCGACGAAUCUAUUGGAAAUGGUCAUUAAAAAUUUCACUAUUCAAGUGUUACAUGAGAUUGUAGAAGUGCAAAUUUCACUUAAUGAAAACUGCGAAAUGUCUCCGGAGUUAAUAAUCGAGAGCCUUUUCGGGGACACUGAAAACCAAAUUGUAUUAAUCACUCCCAAAAAAGAUUCAUUUAGCCAAUUAAUUGUAGUCGGUAACCAAUUCUCUACGGAUGAGGCUUCUGAUACGUCCAUAUUGCACUACCUAUCUGAUUUUAUUACGGGCUCAAACCAAGUAAUUAAUCCAAACUUAAGACAGAUAAAAGCCAUUUUUGAGAUACAUCCAGACUUUGAAGACUUUAUAUCAGGCAAAAAAAACGGUAAAUUAACACGUAUAAUGGAACUAUCUCCUUGUUUGAUUCAGUUGGAAAUGGAAGAAGAGGAUGAUAAUCUUUAUCUGAAUUUGGUUAGUGAUUCUUUCUCUGAUUUCAAAGAAUCGUUUAAAAAUGUAAUAAAUGAAUUUCCUGCCGAAGAAUCAUUCUUCAUUCCAGAAGUUUGCCACAGACCAAUUAUAGGUACUGGUGGUUCCUUAAUUCAAGCCACAAUGAGAAAGCACAACGUCUUUAUUCAGUUUUCCAAUAGUUUCAAUCUUCCACAAAAUAAGAUUUCUAUGAUCAGGUAUGACAAUGUAAUAAUCAGGUGUCCCAGGAAAAACAAAGCUAAUAUAUGUCUAGCGAAGAAGGAUUUGAAACAAAUUGUUCAAGAAUAUGAUAAUUUACAAUCGAAGACGCUCAUUAAAUUUUCUAAUGGACAAUAUAGACAUAUCUUGCAUGUCAAUGGCCAAAAGAAUAUCAUAGGACAAAUUGAAAAGAAUGAGAAUGUUUACAUAAUGAUACCGUUAAAAGAGCCCUUGGGAGGAAUGUCGCAAUUGAGUAUACAAGGUAAUGACGAGAAUACGCCAAGAGCCGCUAGUGAAUUGGUUAAUGGUGCCUUCGGUUAUGAAUAUGAGUUCAAGAUAGAUCAAGAGAUAGAUCCUCAUAAGGAAUACGAAUUUUAUAAUUUAAUUGUUGUUCCAUUUUUGCAAAUUUUGAAUAUAGUUGUAACCUUCGAGAAAGACCUUAUUACCUUUACUUUUGAAAAGGAUACCAAUGAGAACACUCUAUCAAAAGCAAUUGAAUUGUUGUCUGAUUAUUUGGGAACACAAAAGACGAAAAUAAUAUUCAAAAAGCUGAUUAAAAAAUUUGUUCUAGGAUCUGCUACCAAUAAGGCUAACACCAACAAUAACAAUGCUAAUGGCCGUUUUAAAUCAAUAUAUAAUACCAAAAGUCGUACAACCAUCGAUAACAAUAACUCAUCAGGAGUUUCAUCGCAACGCCACAAAAUGCCUGUUGGGACGGUAGGAGGAGCUCAAGCCAUUAAAGGAUACGUUCCAAACACUUACUACAACGGAUAUGGAUAUGGAUACGGAUAUGGAUAUGAGUACGAUUAUAAUUAUGCCAACUCUAACCAAAUCCAAACCAACCAUAGGCAUAAAUACCAAAAUGGCAGAAAAUGA